AUGCACCGUUCACCGACGCUACACAGGUACGACCUCCGUAGCAGAUCCGAGGCCCCGGGAGGGGAGCGGGCCCGUUCGGAAGAAAGGCUGGUCUCCAACGCCUCGGCGCCAUCGGAGCCGAAAGGACCAGCCGAGGCCAAGGAGGCACAUGCCGUGCCUUCCUUCCAAGCUACGUCGACUGAGGUACCUGCAGUGCCGCAGUCUGACGCCAUUGCAACGGCAGAACUCCUGUCACGCAUGACGGAGUUGUGCUCGCUGGUGGUUCAACGCAUGGUUGCCGGGUCGGUUUCGCCGCCGCAGGCACAAGCGCCUCUACGACUCAACUUACCGGUGCCUACCUUCUCAGGUUACACCGAUAAGAAGUCUAUUGCCGAUUUCCUGGACGACCUUACCGCCUAUCAGACGGCUGUUUCCUCUCAGGACACUGACUUCCCAGAGAGUGUGGGAAAAGUUACUCGACACCUUUUGCCGGUUCGGGUUUCCCGCACAGCUGAUCACCGACAACGCAACCUACUUUACAACCAGCACCACCGUGAUUGGGAUCUUCGCCUGGCUGAGCUGGCGUUCGCUACACGGACGACGGUCAACAGGUCUACAGGAUUCACCCCGGCGUUCCUGAACUUGGGACGAGAGGCCCCUUUUCCAGUGGAGAAUGCUCUGGGCCUCCGGGAUGGUGGUACCCGGCCUCCUUAUUCAAGGUUUGCUGAGGACCUCCGGAGUCGACUGGACGAUGCAGCCCGGACGGCUCGGGAGAACCUGGACGUCGCAAGGUUGGACCAGGCUCGCCAGUACAACCGUGGACGUCGGAACCUCACCUACAGCGUCGGUGACCUCGUCCUUCGACGGACUCACCCGCUAAGUGAUGCGUCACGAGGCUUUGCAGCUUCACUCGCAGAUAGGUGGGAUGGCCCCUUCGAGGUAAGUGCGUGCUCCUCCGGCCUCACUUACAGGCUUCGUCGCUGCGACACCGGCGAAGAGACUGGGCCAGUUCACAUCUCGGACUUGAAGUCUUACCAUCUCCGAGACCCGGACGGAGAGGAGCCAGAUUCGCAACCUGCCUCCCUCCAAGACCUGGACCCGGAUCCCGUUCCCGGACCUGCGUCCAGUCGCUACGACUUGCGUCCCCGCAGGCGGCGCACGUAGUCGCCACUAUCUCCAUCGCUAAGCAUAGUGCUUGUGAUUUAGUGUUUUAUUAGUGUGAUUUCUGUUGCACAGUUUUCCGCUGUUUUUCCUAGGGAGUGCCCUUCGGGCGCUUACGGCUUAGGGAUACCCCCUUUACCGUGUUCCCGUCUCUCUCGCAGUU